GCUGGGGGCCGCAGCCUGCCGCCUGCCAAAGGGUAAAGUCAUGGCUGACAUGUCAUUCGAGGAGCUGUUGGAACUGCAGAGCCAAUUGGGGACCAAGACACACAAAAAGUUGGUGGCUGGAAACAGCACUAAGAAGCCAGGGUCUAGAGCAUUUGCCCAAAAUACCUGUGUUGCAGAUAAGCACAGGCCUUUGGAAAUGUCAGCCAAGGUGCGAGUGCCAUUUUUACGGCAGGUCGUCCCCAUCAGUAAAAAGGUGGCGCGGGAUCCCCGCUUCGAUGAUCUGUCCGGGGAGUAUAAUCCUGAGGUGUUUGACAAAACUUACCAGUUCCUGAAUGACAUCCGAGCCAGAGAGAAAGAGCUGGUGAAGAAGCAGCUGAAGAAGCACCGCUCGGGGGAGGAGUGUGAGAAACUGCAGCAGCUGCUUCAGCGGCUGGAGCAGCAGGAAGCGGCCCAGCAGGAGAGGAAGCGGCAGCAGGAGCUCCGCCUGGCUCUGAAGCAGGAGCAGCGGGCUCAGGCCCAGCAGGGCCAUCGGCCAUACUUCCUCAAGAAAUCGGAGCAGCGCCAGUUGGCCCUAGCGGAGAAGUUCAAGGAGCUGAAACGCAGCAAGAAGCUAGAUGGUUUCUUGAGUCGAAAAAGGCGUCGCAAUGCAGGCAAAGACAGGAGACACCUGCCUUCAAGCAAAGAAUAACAAGGAGUGGUCCUAUCUGCCACUGCCCAGGGAGAUGUAGAUCUAU